CGCUGGCGACGAGCACUCCGCGUAGGCUCGUCGCGGCCACGUACGCCAUCCCGAGCUCGGGGGCUACCCCGGUCGGAGGCGGAGCGCUUGGGGGCCGGGGUUUAAUCGUGCGGAGGACUCGGUAGGGCUCGCCAUACCUCGCGCCGUCCGGCGGCGCAGAGCGCGGCGUCGCCGCUGGGGAGAAGGACGGACUCAACGAGACGAGCGAGCGACGGCCGACAGGCGAAGGCGUUCUCGCUUCUUGGCCUCUCGCCGUUGAAUUGGAGACCCACAUUGGGCUUGUUUUGUGUGUUACUAGCAUCACCAAGAGUUCCCCUACUACUCCCAAUUUCAAAUUUUGGGGUUUUUCGAGCAAAAAAAAUGGAUCCAACAGAUAUCCAAACCAGCUUCCAAAAAUUUUGAGACCCUAAUCCCGUGUUUCCGUUCUCCACCAGUAGAGAAUACCUCCCGCUCCCAAUCCACUGCAGCCGGGCAGUUUUCGCGCGCUGCCGAGGUGCUUGGUUCCCCCAUCUCCAUUGAUUCCCCAUCUCGUGCGAUUGGCGGAGCUGAUGAGUGACGACAGCCACGGGCGAGCGGGAGGUGGCACGUCGACAGGCGGCGGAGGGCCGCCAGCGCAGCUGCGGCAGCCGGCAAGGGCGGCUGGGUGGGCUGCAGGCUGUGGCUGCAGUUGGGCAGCGCGGCAGUAGCAGGUGGCGGGCCAACAAGUAGCAGGGCAGGCCGGCAGCAGCAGCAGAUCAACAGGAUGAUUCAAUCUUUGCUAUUUGCCUUAUCCACCUUAAAGAUAGCCUAUUAAUCGAUCCAUCUUUGCUAGGAGUAUCUGUUUUGCAGAUUAUUUAUAUGUCUAUCCUCCUUUGGCUAUCCCAUGUACUGCUGAAACUUCAUUACUUGAGGUUAUAUUCAUGUGCAUCCUCGUGCACUCCUGUGUCCAUCUUAUAUGGUACCAACAAGAAGUUGAAGUGUUUGGGUGAUCGCUUUGGGGAAAUGGAAGGCAGCAACCCACCUGGUAAUAUGACACAGGGACCUUCCUAUGGGAGUUUAGAUUUGCAUGGUAUCUCCAAGCAAAUGCAUCCUCCAAACUCAGGAAAUCAGGGCUUCAACCAGCCUCAGAUACCAGGGAAUUUUACCAUUCCUAUGGAUAGGGUUACAGAGCCUGAUAACAUCUCUGAUGGAGUUCAGUUAGGACAACAUGGGAAGAUUGCCCAUCAUCACCAUCACCACAGACACCACUCAAAGAACCAUGGGAGUGAUGAAGAGGAGCACGAUAUGAAUGAGGAUGCUGCUGAUGGCAAAGACAAGAAGGGCUCUCCAUGGCAUCGGAUGAAGUGGACAGAUUCAAUGGUGAAGCUUUUGAUUACUGCAGUAUCCUACACAGGGGAGGAUCCUGGAGCUGAUUUAGGCGGUGGGAGGAGGAACUAUUCAAUGAUGCAAAAGAAGGGAAAAUGGAAAGCAAUAUCAAAGGUCAUGGGCGAGAGAGGUUGCCAUGUGUCGCCACAGCAGUGUGAGGAUAAGUUCAAUGACCUUAAUAAGAGAUACAAAAGACUAACAGAUAUCCUUGGAAGGGGUACUGCUUGUAAUGUUGUGGAGAAUCACUCACUUCUUGAUCACAUGGAUAUUUCUGAGAAGAUGAAAGAGGAUGCAAGGAAGAUACUGAACUCCAAACACUUGUUCUAUGAAGAGAUGUGUUCCUACCAUAAUAAUAACCGUAUAAGUCUGCCUGAAGAUCCCGCACUUCAGCAGUCACUACAGCUUGCUCUUAGAUGUAAAGAGGAUAAUGAUUUCAUGAGGCAUGCAAGUGGAGAUGCUGAACUAGAUGAUGAUCAGAGUGAAGAUUCAGAUUAUGAGGAGAAUGAGGAAGAACAUCGAGCAGUUGAUACCAAUAUAAGGGGCCCCUCAAUGCAUAAAAGGAUGUGGCAUGUUGUAGAUCAUGGUGAUGUAGGUUUUGUCACCUCAUGCUCGAAUGAUGGUAGUGGGAGGUCUGAUCCCUAUGACGUGUUGGAUAUCAACAAACCCUUUCCAGAUGGAUGUGAUUUGGCUUUGGUGCAAAAAGACUUGGCUCUGAAAGCAGCAGAGAUUCAAAAACAUCGUUUGCAGAUUGAAACCAAGGCUGUGCAACUCGCAAAGCAACGUCUCAAGUGGGAGAUGUUCAGGAAGAACAAGGACUUGGAAUUGGAAAAGUUGGCGUUGGAGAAUGAACAAAUGAUGCUUCAGAAUAAGCGGUUUGAGCUUGACCUAAGACACAAGGAGCUAGAACUUGAGAUUAAGAUAAAGGGCAAUGCUAAUCAUCCAUGAUCUUUGUUCUGUUAGCACUUCAUUUCGCAAUAUGCAAAGAAGGCAUCAGUUAGAUAUGUACUAUCAACUGGGAGUUAUUUCGUGACUAGUAUUAAGAUCAACUGCAAUGACUGUGGUUCUAUACAUGGUGUACUUGGGUGUAAACAUAAUCAGCGAAUAAAAGAUAACAAAAGGGAAGCAACUGCAUCACCAAGAUACAAAUAGUGAUGCUGCUCGGAUUUGGUGAUCUUGUGUGCUGUCAGAUUGGCACUUCCAAGCUGAGUUUCAAUAUCCAAUAAUCUUCAUGAUUCAAAGUCAACAAUAUCCAAAUUUUUCUUUUUCCCCUGAUUAAACAGAUAUUAGUUCUUACUCUUGUAUGGAUAAGUUGUUAAUGGGUAAUUGGUAUGGUGUUUGUUAUCUUGACAAGAAGUAGCUUAUAUUUGUUCAAUUGCACGAACAAUGUUUACAGUUUGUCUGUAUGUAGAACACUGCUUUUAAAUAUGAUGGUAUGCUUUAUUA